AUGACUUUGCAAUGCAAAUUUUUUUUUUUUUCAUCCACAGAUGAAAUCAUGCAUCAGGAUAUCAAUCCCCUCUAUGCUGCAGAUAUUCAGGACCAGUUAAAGAAACAAUUUGCUUACCUGUCAGGUGGAAGAGGGGGAGAUGGAUGCCCUGUUAUCACCUUUCCAGACUAUCCAGCUUUCAGUGAGAUCCCCGAGAAGGAGUUCCAGAACGUCCUGACCUACCUGACGAGCAUCCCAAGUUUACGAGAUGCUGGAAUUGGAUUUAUUCUUGUCAUAGAUCGCAGACAGGACAAAUGGACCUCUGUGAAAGCUUCCAUACUGCGGAUAGCAGCAUCUUUCCCGGGAAACCUGCAACUAGUCCUCGUUCUGCGCCCAACAGGAUUUUUUCAUCGAGCUCUCUCGGACAUUGCUUUCAAGUUCAACAAAGAUGAGUUUAAAAUGAAAGUACCUAUCAUAAUGCUGGGCUCAGUAUCGGAACUGCAGGGUUACAUUGAUAAAACACAAUUAACAGAAGAUCUUGGUGGCACCCUGGAUUACUGCCAUAACAGAUGGCUGUCCCGUCGCACUGCUAUAGAAGGUUUCGCCCAAAAGGUUAAGCAAACAGCUCAGAUUCUUCAGUCCUUUGGGACUGAGCUGGCUGAAACAGAACUACCAAAUGAUGUGCAAUCAACCAGCUCCCUUCUUGCAACACACACAGAAAAGAAGGACAAAAUGAAGGAGGAUAUCAGGUUAGCAGUAGAACAGGGAGAUGAUAUCCUUGGAAGUAUUACAAAACCAGUUACUGAGAAUCCUGAAUACAAACUGAAUCAAGAUCAGCUAGACAAUCAAACAACAGUAGAAAGGCUUCUGGCUCAGUUACAUCAAACGGAGACUGCCUUUGAUGAGUUUUGGAUUAAGCAUCAGCAAAAACUUGAGCAGUGUCUGCACCUCCGGAAUUUUGAACAGAAUUUUAGAGAGGUCAAAGCAGCUUUGGAUAUUGUGUCUGAGAGACUGUCUGCUUUCACAGAUGUGGGAAACAGCUGUUCGCAUGUGGAGCACAUUUUGAAAGAUCUUGCCAACUUUGAAGAAAAAUCACGUGAAACUAUAGCAAAAGCCAGAAUGCUAGCCUCAGAGGGUGAUGCUUUUAUUCAAAGCAAUCAUUAUGCUGUGGACUCCAUUAUUCCAAAAUGUAGUGAACUUCAUCAUCUCUGUGAUGCCUUCACUACUGAGACAGAACGGAGGAGGAAUCUUCUUAACAAAUCCCUAGAACUUCAUGGCUUACUAGAAAAGUCUAUGAAGUGGUGCGAUGAAGGAAUUUAUCUGCUGGCUUCACAGCCGGUAGAUAAGUGUCAGUCUCAGGAUGGUGCAGAAUCAGCAUUACAGGAGAUUGAGAAAUUCCUGGACACUGGUGCAGGCAAUAAAAUCAAGGAAUUGAAUAAAAUUUACAGAGAGUAUGCACACAUCCUAAAUGAGGAUUUAAAGGAGCAUGUGCAAAAGGUUUUCCAGAAGCAAGAAAGUAUGGAAGAAAUGUUUCAAAAGAGACAAGUAAGUCUUAAGAAACUGGCAGCUAAGCAGACACGUCCCGUUCAGCCCGUUGCACCAAGACCUGAAGCCUUUGUAAAAUCUCCUUGUACCUCUCCAGGUCUUCAAAGAGAAUAUGUAUCCAACUCAGAAAGCAGUGCUCUUCGGAAGGUAAACUACAGAAGAGGAAAGAGUGAAAUGACUGAGCUCCAUCAAAGCAGAGGAGGAUCUACAAUGGAUGAUGAAGAAAACCUAGCUGUGUUACGACAGCAUGUAAUUAAUGAACUUAUUGAGACUGAACGAGCAUAUGUGGAAGAACUUCUCUGUGUUCUUGAGGGUUAUGCUGCAGAGAUGGACAAUCCUUUAAUGGCUCAUCUCAUUUCACCAGAACUCCAGAAUAAGAAGGAUAUCUUGUUUGGGAAUAUGGAAGAAAUUUAUCACUUUCACAACAGAAUAUUCUUGAGAGAACUAGAAAACUAUGUAGAAUACCCAGAACUAGUAGGACGGUGCUUUCUGGAUCAGAUGGAAGAUUUCCAGAUUUAUGAAAAAUACUGUCAAAAUAAACCUCGAUCUGAAAGUUUGUGGAGGCAGUUUUCAGAUUCUGUAUUCUUCCAGGAAUGUCAAAGGAAACUCGAUCACAAGCUCAGUUUGGACUCAUACUUGCUGAAACCCGUUCAAAGAAUAACCAAAUACCAAUUAUUGCUAAAGGAAAUGCUGAAGUACAGUAAGAACUGUGAAGGUGCUGAAGAUCUUCAGGAGGCAUUAACUUCUAUACUGGGUAUUCUCAAAGCAGUUAAUGAUUCUAUGCACCAGAUAGCCAUUACAGGCUAUGACGGAAACCUAAAUGAUCUGGGCAAGCUUUUAAUGCAGGGAUCCUUCAAUGUCUGGACUGAUCAUAAAAAGGGUCACUCGAAGGUGAAAGAUUUAGCACGCUUCAAGCCAAUGCAGCGACACCUCUUCCUCCAUGAGAAAGCAGUGCUGUUCUGUAAAAAGCGAGAAGAAAACGGAGAGGGAUAUGAGAAAGCACCUUCUUACAGCUACAAACACUCCUUAAACAUGGCAGCAGUUGGAAUAACAGAAAAUGUCAAAGGGGAUGCAAAAAAGUUUGAAAUCUGGUAUAAUGCAAGGGAAGAAGUUUACAUCAUACAGGCACCAACCCCUGAAGUUAAAGCUACUUGGGUAAAUGAAAUAAGAAAAGUGCUGACGAGUCAACUGCAGGCAUGCAGAGAAGCUAGUCAGCACAGGACACUAGAACAAACACAGAGUUUACCUCUACCAGCAUCAUCUUGUACAAGUCCUUCACGGAACCACAUCAGAAACACCAAAAAAAUGGAGGAGAGAAAAGCUGAUCUCACAAGCUUAGAAGGUUAUGGCACCACAAUAGCACCAAAGUACCCCGAGAAAGGCAAAGGUUGGGCUAAAACAUCUCACUCUCUUGAUGCAUCUGAAGAAAAUGAUGGCUGGUCUAGUGCUGAAGAUCCGCUGAAUUCAUCAGAUGCAGAGGAAGAAGGAGGAGGAGGAGGGGGAGGCGAGAUGAAGCUGACUCCUGGUAAAUAUACAGUUGUGACUGAUUAUGAGAAGGGAGUUUCUGAAGAAUUUACAGUGAAAAGUGGAGAUCUAGUUCAACUGAUUCGUGAAGGGGAGGAUGGACUUUGGUAUGUAAAGAACCUGAGCACUGGUAGAGAAGGUUGGAUCCCAGCAAACAAUCUGCUGAUGCUCAUAGGCAAUUCAAAAUCAGCUCAAUCUUUAAGCAGCUCUGAAUCAGGCACUGCCUCCAGCACUUUGAGCACAUCAUCAAGUUGCAGUGAUAGCUGCAAUGCCAGCAGCACCAGCUUCUCGGACAUUAAGGGCUAA